GGUACACAAACCUGCUUAGAUGUGUGCAUGAGCUUGCACAUGCCUUAAAGCAAGAGGGAAGAGGAGUAAGUCUGAAGGCGGUGCACAGCAGCAGCCCUUACAUAAGACUUAGAAGGGCUGCUCGGGCUGAACAGUGUGUACUGAGCUUCACAGAAGAGACUGAGCAGACACAGUUUUGCAUUUGUUUGGAGAAGAAGACUGCGUACAUGUGUGUGAAAUAGCUGCCGUGCUCGUGUGAGAAUGGAGUGUGCUGAAGAACAAAGCCAUGGUGCUAAAAGUCAGUCAGCCAAUAAGAAUGGGAAGAAGACGGACUCUGGGUCCAGCAGCAGCAGCAGCUUCUUCACUUGGUUCAUUGUCCUGGCCCUGCUGGGCGUGUGGACAUCUGUAGCGGUGGUUUACUUCGACCUGGUCGACUAUCAGGGAGUCCUCGACAAGGCUAAGGGCUUACAAAUUAACCUGUCUGAGGCCUUGCAAGGUAAACUGGUGGCAUACGACACAGAUGGCGAUGGUGAUUUUGAUGUCGAGGACGCUAAAGUUCUGCUAGGACUGAAAGAGAAGACUGUUGUCGUCACUCCACGUCAGGAAGAAGCCUCUGCCCCAGUGGAGACUCCUGAACCAGAACCAACGCCGGAAGCUGUUAUUGAGCCUGAACCUGUGCCUGUGGAAGAUGAGUUUGAAGCUGCUGUAGCAGAAGACAUUACUGUACAAUCAGCACCAGAGCCCGAACUUGAGGUAGCAGCUGAACCUGAGGUGGUCUCGUCUGAGCCUGAACCUGAACCAGAACCAGAACCAGAACAUGAGCCUGAGCCUGAGCCAGAGCCUGAGGAGUUGUUUGAGGAGGAUCCAGAGGUGCUGGAGGAGGAGGCUCCUGCUGUAGAGGAGGCUGCUCCAGCUGAAGAGGAGCUGGCAGCUGAGGAGUUUGCAGAGGAGAUGAUGGCAGACCAGCCUGCAGAGGGGGCAGCAGCUGAAGAAGCUGCACAGGAGUUGGAGGAACUGGCAACAGAACAGGAUGCUGAUGAGGUGGUGGAGGAGUUUGCAGAGGAGGUGGCCUCAUAUGUAGAGGCUGUGGCAGAAGAAAGCACUCCUCCAGAAGAAGUUGCUGAGGAGCCUGCUGAAGAAGAGGAGGCUGUUCCUGUGGAAGAAGCUGUUGAGGAGCCUGCUGAAGAGGAGGAGGCUGUUCCUGUGGAAGAAGCUGUUGAGGAGCCUGCUGAAGAGGAGGAGGCUGUUGAGGAGCCUGCUGAAGAAGUGGAAGAAGCUGUUGAGGAGCCUGCUGAAGAAGAGGCAGCUCCUUCAGACGCGCCUGCUGAAGAAGAGGCUGCACCUUCAGAGGAAGUUGUUGAGGAGGUAGCAGAAGAAGAGGAGGCAGCUCCUUCAGAGGAACCUGCUGAGGAGACCAUUGAAGAGGAGGUAGCUCCAGCAGAAGAAACUGUUGAGGAGGUAGCAGCAGAAGAAGAGGAGGAGGAGGCGGCAGCUCCUUCAGACGAACCUGCUGAGGAGCCAGCUGUAGAGGAAGAGGAAACUCCUGCAGAUGAAGCCGCUGAGGAGCCAGCAGCAGAGGAAGAGGAAACUCCUGCCGAUGAAGCUACUGAGGAGCCAGCUCUAGAUGAAGAGGCAACUUCUGAAGAUGAAGCUGCUGAGGAGCCAGCUGAAGAAGAGGAGGCUGCAUUCUCAGAUGAGGCAGUGGAGGAGACCGCAGAUGCAGAAGAAGUAGUGGAUGAGGAAACAGCCCCAGUUACAGAGACAGAAGAAGUAGCACACGAUGCAGAGGAGGCAGCGGAAGAAGCAGCAGAUUUUGUGGAGACACAGGAAGAGAUUCAGGAUGAGCCCACAGAAACGUAGAGCCUGCCGAAGUGGACAUGCUGACCUAGCAGGGACCCACUGAUCAGCAUCAGUACCAUCUGAGCAUGCUCAGAGCGAUGAUGCGCCUCUCCACCUCCAGAGAAACGAUUGAAUCGUUAUGACAACACUCGCCUCUCCUCCUCCCCCCUCUGUUUUCACACCUUCCUUUGAACUUCCCUGUAGGUAUAUCAUGUGUGAGAUAAUGAAUUGUUUACUAAUUUCCUGUUUUUGCCCUUCUUGUUUUUUUGUGUUUUUGUUUGUAAUUCUUUUUUUUUCCCUUGAAGUAGAGCGCCCUUUUACAUUUUUGUUCGGGGUGGUUUAGUUCUGUGUCACUGUGGCCAGAUGGUCAGGCCAUGUGAAGUGUAUGUGCUACAUUUGCAGCCAGUCUACCAGAGUCUUGUAUCUGCGAGAGCUGUAACAUUAAAUCAGUCUGGACCUUUAUUUUGAAAUCUUUCAUUGAUGUAGUUUGGCUUCCUGGAGCUAAAUUCUGUUGCCAAGUAAACUGUAGCCAAAGUUCAUAACUGAUCCAUGAUUACUCUCUAUGUUAGAAGACUCUGAUCUAUGCAGUGAGCUGUUUGAGUUCACAUAUUUAAAACUUAAAAUACAUAACUGAUUAAAAAAAAAAUCAGCCGAUUGAGGUCAUGAAAAGUAUUUCAAGCUUGGUAAUCAAACUGAAGAAGUCAUUUUCUGCCCCUCUGCUGUAGCUGUAGUUGUAGCUGUAGCUGUAGCUGUAGCUGUAGUUGUAGCUAUGCAAAGCCGAUGUGAUGUUUGUGACCCACCUCCUUCCUCCACCCUGCCUCACCCCUGUCCACCCAGUUGGUUUAUUUACCACUCAGUAUGUGGCAACUCUAGGAUGAGCCAUAUGCUAGCACAUGAAUUCAGAGAAAAAGCUUGUGUGUGUGUGUGUGUGUGUGUGUGUGUGUGCAUGUGUGUGGAUGUAUUCCUCCUGUACUCCAUGAUGAGUGUGUUCUUGUGUUGACAAAUCUCUUUUUAUUAAUCUUUUCUGUGAGUUGUAGACACCAUGAUGUAGUUGUUGUUCUAACUUAACCUCCGUGUGUUUGUGUUCUGUAGAUUCCUAGCUGUUCUUUUUUUUUUUUCUUCACAUAACAUGACCAAUUAACUAGAUGAUCAAAUGAGUUUCAACUGAAGUUGUGACUUUAAACUUCAGCUCUGUAUGUUCAACUGUGAUGUAAAGUAGGACACCAUGAACAGCACUAACCUGUCACACUGUGGUUAGAAGAUUCUUUUUUUUCCCCCAAAUACACCAGCUAUAUUUGCAUUUAACCCCGUGUGACCCAGAUUUCAUUCAUGUCUUUGGCUCACAGAGGGUUAAAUAGAUCAGGCUUCAUAUUCCUGUGGAAGUCAGGCAUUACUAGCCGACUGACACCAGUUAAAAUGAACCAAGAUGUUUGUUUUUAUCAGCAUUGGUGGAACAUUGCUGUCUCAUUCUCUGCUUGAACCUGAAGUUGAGGGUUUUAAUCACUUAAAGGGAAACUUAUUUCUUAAGUCACUUUUCCUUUUUGUCUUGGUGUGUUUUUGAGUCAUUAAUCCAAGGUAGCAGGGCUCGUGCAAGGAAAGGAAACCUCAUCUUACACAUCAUCCCUUUACAGAACUAAAAUGGUGAAAUUAAGAAAUCCAAAUGAGAGUCUUUUGUAUUUUAUUUUGAAGGUCAUGGCCUGAUCUGCAGGUAAACAUCCUUUUGUGUCCCUGUUGUAUUACCUGAGAUAUAACUGUGACACUAAGAUGGUUUCGAGACAGUGGGUGCAGCACUGUGGAAAACAUGUUUCUGUUGUGAUACUGACAAUCAACAAAAUGUAGAUACUGUUGUGGGAUUAAUCACAACACUGCUACGAGAUGAAGUAGUGUUGUGUUGGUGGUGAGAAAGACAUUCCUCGUUGUUUAAAAUGCUAUCAUUUAGUGGCAAAGUCCCACUUUGUGUAGUCUAGUCCUCACAGAUUGUUUUUAGGGAUGUAACUCCUGGCAGUGAUGUGCAGUCAUCCAUUUGUAGGAUGACUUUUUCUGUAACGCUAGCUGGUCUUUUCUACUUCCCGACACUUUGUAAGUCACUGUGAACGUUAAACCUUUUUAACUUUGAAGAUUACAGUCUUUACCAAGAGAAAACUUCUAGAUUUUUUUAAGGGUACAUUUUUAAAAAAAAGGACUUGGAUAUAUAAAGUAUAAUUUUUUUUUUUUUUUUGAAAAUGCUUUAAAAGCUUUUUACGAAGCCAUAAGCUGUUUGUGACAGGCAGGCUUAAGGGGUUGUGCUACUUCAGGACAAACUUCAUUCUCUAGGAAUACAAAAGGUCGAGCAAUACAGUUAAAACUGCAGAGCAAACACGCAGCCGCAGCAGCCUGAUGAAACAGAUAUUUGACAUUUGUAAUUUUUGUUAAGCAGUCAUGUACAUGCUGUAAAAGGGUUGUGAUGACAUGGACAGCUUUGCUUCCAGACGAAGGAGUUAGCAGGUGACACCCGGUGCCUGCUGGAAACCUUAGACUGAGCUCUGCAGUAUUAUAGAUGAAAUAAAGUUGUUGGUUAAAACUUGCCAUGUCUUCGCCUCACACAGUGUUGUCUGCAGUUCACUUACUUCCCUGCAGAUACUGAUGAUGGUCAUUAAAUUAUUGUGAAGUAAUGAUGGAUUGUGUAAAGGAGAUUCAAAAUGUCAGUUUUCUGUAAAUGAUCUGUUGCUGCAAUAAAAGGAUUGGGACAACUCA